AUGUCCCUAAUCACCCCACCACCCAUCACCAUCGAAGACCUCCACGCUUUCCAAGCAAAACACUUCCCGGGGAGUGUCAUCGCCCAGACACCACAGCCACAAAAUGUGACGAAUACCAACAUUUCCGAAGAAUACACCUUGGAAGAAGAAGAGUAUGAAUACUACGACGAAGAAGAAGACCUAGGCUACUACCCCGACGGCGUGAAACGCACCCUCACGGACGAACAAAUCCGCAUAUUCAGACAUAGUGAGAUCCAUGCGUUAAGGAGGGAGAAGGAGUUACGGGAGGAGGAGGCGGCGGAUGCUGCUGCUGCUGCUGCUGCGGAUCGUGCCGUAGCUGCAAAUGCGGAUGCGAACGCAAAGACCGAUGCAGUUGGUACAGAACAAGCGAGCAAGUCUCGGGCAGAAGGGGAAGAAGACGUGGAUGUGAAGAUGGAUUAUGGAGAGGGGGAGGGGGGUGCGUCUGCUUCGAAGGCGACUUCGAAGACGACUUCUAGGCCUGUGCCGCAGUUUACGGGCAGGAGGAUCAUUUCGUAUGAUGAUUGA